CCCAUCCCAUCCCAUCGAUCAUUCAAAUCCAAAUCUACUUCAUUCCCAAUAACCACUCAUUCAACAACACCCACUCACUCACCCAACAAAACCUAAUUACAUUCCAAAUAAUAAUUCCCAAGUGAAGGACAAAAAAGAAAUGCCCACCCAACAACAACAACCACCCCCUCCCAAACCAAGAGUGAUCAUGGACCCUCAUCACCGCCAACCAAUGCCACCCCGUGGACAACGUCCAGCAGGAGCAGUGAAAGAUAUCCGCCAAACGAAAGAAUAUAAACUUGCUGCGAGACGAUGGAUAUCAGUAAUGGUGGGAUUGCCCAUUUUGAUGUAUACGUCUUGGAGUUUGUAUGAGAGGACCUAUGGGGAUAAGAGGCCGAAGAGGUUGGUGGAGAGGCCGUCUACUUCUUCUACUGCUAGUCCUUCGGGGUUGAGUUCUGGGAAGGGGGAAGGGGAGGGGGAGAAGUAAGUAGGAUUUGAUUAGUGGGAUGGGAUGGAGUUGGGUUGAGUGUAUGGUAUGGAUAUUGUAUUUUAUGAGGUAUGAUGAACUGCGGGGAGGAGUGUAUAAUAUUAUUUGUUCG